CGACCUUAAACCUCGUCCGACAGCCAUCUGGCGAUUUCAACUCGUCCUCCAUCCUACAGUCUAGCUCAGAUCAUUUAUCCUUACGACUGUACACGAAUUGAGACGCUACGACGCACUCUCUACCAACCCAACGGGUAACUACUGUUAAGAGGAACAGCAACCGCUCAGCCAUCACCCACAGACACAACACCUGCCAUUUGCCGUGUUUCAGCGACUCUCAAUAUGUCCUCUCCAGCCGAAGAAUCCCCGGCUCAGCGAGCAGCGCGUCUCCGUCGUGAGCGCCGCGAAGCGAAGAUCAAGGAAGGAGGUGCAGCUCGUCUCGACAAGAUCACCAGUUUGAGUGGACGAACCCCUGCCAGCCUUCACGAAGAGACCUCCUCACCAUCGCCCAGCCCGCAGCCCGAAUCCCGGCCACAACAGCCAGCACCACCAGCACCAGCACCACCAGCGUUUCCGACCACAGCACCAGCACCAACCCCAGUCCAACCCCAGACCAACCCACCAACUUUCCCCGACCGAUCCCAACCGGAACCCGAACUCGACCCCGAAACCCUCCAAGCCCAACAGGAACUCUUCCGCGCCCUCCUCCGCCAGCCGGCCCCUUCCCCUAACCCACAACAACGACAGCUCCCCGACAGCGCCGCCGCCCCCAACCCGGCGGGCGACUUACUCGGUCUCGACGCCCGAGACCCGACCCUCAAGAUCCUCAACUCCCUCAUGUCCUCCAGUGCCGGCGGCGGCGGCAGCGGCAACCCCCUCGAGAACAUCAACCUCGCAGACCUGGGCCUCGGCGACGGGAAAGAGUCCUCCACGGAUCUCCUGACCAACCUCGGUCUGCCCCCGUUCCUGGCCAACCUGAUCGGCGACGCCAUGCGCCAGAAGACCGACGCCGAGAAGCGCGAGAUCAUGGUCUGGAAGAUCGUGCACCUGGUCUUUGCCAUUGUCGCGGGGAUGUACCUGCUCUUCGUGCUGGGGUCGUCCGUGAGCGUCUACGGACGGGCGCCGCCGGCGCCGGCGACGGCGCGGGAUCCGUUCACGGUGUUCAUGACGGGGGAGGUGGUGCUGAGUGGAGCCCGGGCGUUGUUGCGGUCGAGGGGGAAGGGGUUUGGCUUGGGGUUGGGGGUGCAGUUAGUGCGCGAUGUUAUCCGGGAUGGCAGCCUGAUGGUGUUUUUGUUUGGGAUGGCGACGUGGUGGCUUGGGGACAGAUUGGUCUAAACUACGGGGACUUCUGUCUGGAGCGAUGGGGCUUUCGGGCAAAGUAGGCUGAGAUGGUUGUAAAUUGUCCGCAUUCCUAUACAUGUUUUAUUAAAUCAUGAUUUAUGUCUGUUUAUUAUCUUAGGCCUGCAUAGCAACUGCCGCACACUCGUGACUAUCACAGGACAAGGAAUGGCACACCGAGG